UAUUUUAAUAAUUAUUUAUAAUUUCAGUUAAAGAAGAAGAUGAUCACAUGUCGCAGUACUUAUUGUCCAUUUGAUCUCUUUUCUGGAGUAGAAACACGCAUGAAAUCGGCACUAAAAGGAUUAUUAAAGUCACCUCAAAAUAAUUUAAAAAUUUUUAAGAAUGGUAUUCUAGUCUAUGAUCAAGAAUCAUCUUUGAACGAUCUUGAAUGUGCCUUAUCUGAUUGGUUUCGUAAUUCUGUUAAUUCUACCAAGAAGGAAUACAUUGAUAAAUUCUGUAAUUUAAUUUGUACUGCUCUUUUACAUCCAUUUAUUUUGGAAGAAUAUAAGUCUAACAUAUUUUCUUCUUAUGAAUUAUAUACAUCUCUCGAUACACAUGAUUUAAAAACAACUUCUUAUAUUAAUACAGAUCUAAUUGCAAAAACUAAAAAAUUUUUGUAUUUCGCUGGAGAGGCGUGCGAUUUAAAGGGUGAAAUAUUGCCAAAUAAUUCAGUGCUAGAACGAAUUCUUCGUAUGCAAAGGCUACCCUUUAUUAGUUCAGAAUAUGUUUAUAAUACAUAUUCAAAAUUUUAUUCAUUAUUAAAUGAUGAUAUAAUAUAUACUAAUAUGAUAAAUAUGUUUAAAUUUAACGAUCAUCGAAUAUCUUAUUUCAAACAAAAAAAAACUAUUACAGAAAAUCCUGAAAUAUUAAAAGAAGCUUAUAUACAAACAUGUGCCAAAGAUAUUUCCACUUCAAUAAGAUCAAAGUUUGAUGACGAUUAUAGUAGCAACAAACAUAUUAAUGAAUUAAAUGAAAAUAUUUUUCUUAUACAAAAAUCAAUCUUAAUACCAAUGCACAUUGAAAAAAAUAAUUUAUGGUACAAUAAAUAUAGCACAAUACAUAAUGAAAAUAAUAUACACGAAAAAGAAACAUAUUUAACUAUAAAUACCGAAAGUUUAUUAUGUUUGCAAAAUUAUUUAUUGUUUUCAUGUGCUAGAGAUUGUUCGAUAUUAAUGUCAUUUCGAGAAAUAAAUCCGUAAGUGCCAAAUAUUUUAUUCUGUGAAUAGUGACUAAUUAUAUUAUUAAUUGUUGAUUAU